UCUGCUAAUCUACUACUGAGGUCUGAGGUCUGAGGUCUGAGGUCUGAGGUCCCCCACCUGCUCCAAAGGCCAACCCCACCACCCCACCCUCACUCUUAACCUACGCACCCUCCCUUUCUCUCUCUAGUCUCCACCUCUUCAGAGGGGGGUGGAAAGACAACAGUCAAUCAGAAAGCAAGAAACCCCACAAACUCUUAGUCCUAGUUAGGAGGCCCAGACCAGACCCUGCAAGCGGAAAAAAUAAAUAAUUUUUUUUCUUUUUAUUUAAGGAUUUCUUCGCUCUCCUUUUCAUCAGUCUUUUUUUUUCUCUCUCUAGAAAAACAAGCUGAGCAAGAUGAGGCUGCUGAAUUACAGAAAAAGGAGAAAAGCAGCAUGGAUUUUGAUAUAAGAAUUUGAGAUUUUCGAUUUUUGGUUUUUUCUUUUGUGGGGGGGUAUUUUUGAGGAAUAUUGAUUGGGAAUUGAGAAAAUUUUUACCUGGGUGGAUGGAGUUAACAGAUUUGCAGAGUGGUAAGCAAGGCAAUGCAACUGGUAAUUCGCAGCAGCAGCAGCAGCAGCAGCAGCCCCACCACCACCUCCACCGUCAGCAGCAGCAGCACCACCAGCUGCUUCAUCAGCAACAAAAAUCGGGAGGAUCUUCAUCGCAGCAGAUGGUGGUCCCUUUUGUUGGGCGGGCAGGUGGUGGAGGAGGACCAUCCCACCCAGCCCCAUUCAUGGGCUCCAGCCCCAGCCAACCUGGCCUCCUUCGAAAUAUGGAUGCCACCACCUCUUCUUCUUCUCCAAACUCCACUUCUUCUGUCAGUGGUAAUAGCUCCUCCACUACUCCUUCUCCGGCUCCGCCGCCGCAGCUGGUUGACGCCUCCCUCGCCAUCGCUACCAGAUCCGAGGCUGACCGGAGCCGAUCGGGCGGCGGUGUGGUAGAUUCGACGAAGAAAAACCAACAGCAACAGCAACAGCAACAACAACAACAGCAGCAGCAGCUGACAAUUGGGACGAAUCCUCCGGCGAAGAGAUCCACCAAGGACCGCCACACCAAGGUCGACGGCCGAGGGCGGCGCAUCCGAAUGCCGGCCACCUGUGCGGCUAGGGUUUUUCAGUUGACGAGAGAGUUGGGGCACAAGUCCGACGGGGAAACCAUCGAAUGGCUGCUGCAGCAGGCGGAGCCUGCGAUUAUCGCUGCCACCGGGACUGGAACCAUCCCGGCUAACUUCUCCACGCUCAACGUCUCCCUCCGGAGCAGCGGUUCGACCAUCUCGGCACCUCCGUCGAAAUCGGCACCGCACUCGUUUCACGGCGCGUUAGCCCUAGCUCACCACCCUCACUACGAGGAAGGGUUUCCUCACACCGCUAUGCUAGGGUUUCAUCAGCAGCCACAUUUGUUGUCAGCAGAUCAGAUUGGUGACGCUCUCCCGGGCGGUGGGGGUGCUGGGAGCGGUGGCGGUGGCAGUGACGAGAAUUAUAUGCGAAAACGCUUCAGAGGAGAUCUCUUCAAGGAUGAAGACUCAAAUCAAGCACUGGAAAACACUACUACUGCAUCCGAGGCCGCCUCAGGCAAUGGAAACAAUAAAACCACCUCACUACACAUGGGCAAGUCUCCCCAGGAGCAGCAGCCAGGUCCCUCCGGCCUGCUCCGCCCCUCCAACAUCCUUCCAGCCACCGCCAUGUGGGCGGUGGCACCCGCCCCAAACAGCGGCGCAGGCAGCACAUUCUGGAUGCUGCCUGUUACAACCGGAGCAGGAGGGCCAUCCGCAGCAGUGGGGGCAUCCGGAGCCGGCCCGUCCGAGCCCCACAUGUGGGCUCUCCCCACCGCAGCGCCAACCACAACCGGCAACACCCUCCAAGCCCCUCUACAUUUCAUGCCGAGGUUCAACCUGGCCAGCAACCUCGACUUCCAAGGCGGAAGAGCGAACCCUCUGCAAUUAGGGUCCAUGUUGAUGCAGCAGCACCCCUCUCAGCACCUGGGGUUAGGAGUUUCAGAGACGAAUUUGGGGAUGUUGGCGGCCCUAAACGCCUACUCCAGAGGCGGUUUGAAUAUGAAUUCGGAGCAAAACCAUCCAAUGGAACACCACCAACAGCACCCGCACCAGCCUCAAGGAACAGACAGUGGAGAUGAAGAUCCAAACAGCUCACAAUAGUAGUAACAUUCCAUUCCAAAGUAGCUUCUUCUGGCUAGUCAGGUUUGAAGAUAUGGGUUGAGUUUGUGAUGCAUUGAAUUGAACUGAAUUGAAUUGAAUUGAAUUGAAUUGAAUUGAAUUUACUAGUGCUUGAAACAUGUUAGAGAAGAAGGAGGAGGAGGAGGGUUUUGCUACUUCUGAUCAUUUGAUUUUGUUUGUCAUUUUUUUUUUUUUGUUCUUGUGGGAUUUUUUCUUAGAUUGAUGAGGAAGGGGUUUGGGGUGUAAUUUGUUAGUUUUUGGUCCAAAGGGACUGAAAGGGCACAGAAAAAGAAAGAGAGUUAGAGAGAGAGAUUGUAUAGGAGGAUAUUUGUUUGUGUUUAGUGUAAUUUGUUUUUGCUUUGUUUGUAUGACGAGAAAAUUGGAAAAGAAGCAAAAGAAAACAAAUCAAUAAACUUGAUGCUCUUAUCUUCCA